CUCUCCUCUCUCUCCAAAACAUUUCAGCUUUCCCCAUUGAGGGCUAGGGUUUCUAGUACACUGUGGAUUCAGCUCGUCGCACUGAGCGGCGGCGCAGUCUCAGGUUGGGCGCUAGUGCACCUCGUCGCCGUCGUGUUUCUGGCCGGUAUGCGGCGGGGUGAGGGGCCGCUAGCUUGUUGGCGGCGAGGUCUGGGACAGAGAUAGAAGGAAAGGUAAGUGGAUCGAUUCGGUCUUGUGUAUUAUUUGGUGCCGCACUGCUAAGUAAUGAAAAGAUAGAGUCGUAUAGAUGGUUGCUGCAGACAUUCUUGCGAGCAAUGGGAGGUGUUGAACCUAGGCUAAUAAUAACUGACGAAUGUGCUAGUAUGAAGGCAGCAAUUAGUGUUGAUUUCCCUACGAGCACCCACAGGUUAUGCAUGUGGCAUAUUAUGAGGAAAUUAAAGGAUAAGGUAGGCUAUCCCCUAAGAGAGGACAAAGAGUUCCUUGAUCGGUUUAACAAAUGUGUAUGGUGUACUGAAACUGAUGAGGAAUUUGAGGCACAAUGGACUUCCAUUAUUUCUGACUAUGGUCUAGAAGACCAUGAGUGGUUGACAACGAGGUAUCGUAUCCGGGAAUCAUGGAUACCAGUUUACUUCAAGGACAUUUCUCUUGGGGCAUUCUUCGAACGACUUCAAGAUCUGAGAGUACCAACUCCUUUUUCUGUCAUUUUAUAGGCUUCAAACUUGCUUUGGUGGAGUUUUGGCUCAGGUUUGAUACAGCUCUAGAAGAACAACGUCACAAAGAGCUAGAAAAUGACAAUGUUACAGUUCAUUCUAACCAAAAACUAAAAACAGAAUGGGGGUUUGAGAAGCAUGGAAGGGAGGUGUUCACCCAUGAGAUAUUUGACACUUUUCAGAAAGAGGUUGUAGCUGUUAUGGAGAAAUGCAUAGUUGAGAACAUCGAAAUCGAGGGGGAUGUGAAAAUCACUACGGUAAGUGAUAGUUCACUAAGGGAAAGAAAAGUCUUAUACAACACAUCAACCAAGGAUAUUUCAUGCACUUGUAUGUUAUUUGAAUCUCUUGGAAUUCCUUGCCGCCAUGUGAUUCUUGUCCUUAGAAGUGCUAGGCUAAAUCAACUUCCAGAACAUUUAGUCCUCAGAAGGUGGACAAAGAUGUGCAAAAAGGAACCUGUGUUUGAUAGUGAGGGUACCUUGUUGGAAGAAAGUGAGAGCACCUCAACUGACCCUAUGAUGAAAAAAUUAGUGUUUGAUGUAUUCAACACAAUGGAAGAAACAAUCCAUCUAGCUAAGCAGUCCAUUGAUAGCAUGCAACUCUUGAAAAAUGGUGUACUUGACAUUGCAAAACAAGUAAGACAGAUGGUGCCAGCCACUCAAAGGACUAGAGUUAGCGAGAUCGAGGAAUUUCUUGGUUGUAGCAUUCCUACGCAAAUUGACAUUCACCCACCUAACGAUGUGCGUGCCAAGGGGAAGUGCAAUAGAUUGUUGGGACAUUUGGAUAAGGGCAAGGCAAGAAAAAAGGCUAGUAAUGAUGAUAAGGAAGGGGAAGUGCAGCAAAACAACAAGAAGAAAAGGAAGGCAAAUGGCUCUAAAAAGCCACUAGAUCCAUGAAUCAAGUGUUAGCUUGGAGUAAGUUUGUCAUUUUGGAGCAAGUUUAUGAUGAUUCAUUUUGGGUAACCUCUUCUUUUGGUUGUCUGGGAUUAUCUUGGUGUAUUUGCCAUAUUGAUAGAAGCAUUAUUUUGGCAAUUUAUGGCAAUUUAAUUUUGGCAACCAAGCAAACACUACAGGUUUCCUUGGAGCCUAUCUUGGUUUACAAUUUGCUGUUAUGGAGCAUGGCGAUGGUGAUCUGCAAUUUCAAGAUCUGUCAUUUACAAGUUUGUUAGGAUCAAACAUCGGGGACCAUACUUCCAAUUUCAUUAUUUUGCUACCUAGUUUAUAUAGGGUGGUCUUUGUUCUCUAAUCAAAUGUGUGAUGUAUCAACAAUUUGAUAUGUCGAUUAGUCCUAUGUCAUGUACUAAGAUUCAUUCUGUGACCUACUGAACUAGUUGUGUUACAUAGCAAAAUGUUGGUAGCAUGUCAGCAUGGUUUUUUCUUUUUAACUUGCAUUUGGCUUCCUGGCUCCUGCUACUCAAAA